AUGAGUAGUAUAACUGCAGUAAAUGGUAUACCAUCAGCAGCAAAUAAAUAUUUAUUAAAUGAUGUAUUACGUAAUGAAUGGAAUUUUACUGGUUAUGUUAUUAGUGAUUGUGAUCCCAUAGCUGAUAUACAAAAAUCAUUUCAUUAUACAUCAACAUUAGAACAAGCUGUUGCUAUAUCUAUAUCAUCUGGUAAUGAUAUUAAUUGUGGUGCAGAAUUUAAAUUAUUACAUAAAUCACUUACAUAUGGUUUUGUUAAUUUUGAUAGAAUUAAUUUAGCUUUAAGUCGAGGUUUACGUUCAAGAUUUUUAAGUGGUAAUUUUGAUCCAAUUGGUACAGAUCCAUAUUCUUCAAUACCAUAUUCAAUUGUUGAUAGUUUAGAACAUAAAUUAUUAACAAAACAAAUUGUUAGUGAAUCAAUUGUUUUAUUACAAAAUCCAAAACAAAUUUUACCAUUUAAUAUAAAAAAAAUAAAACAAAUUGCAGUUAUUGGUCCAUCAUCAAAUGAUAUAACUGUUCAAGCACAUACAUAUCAUGGUACACCAAGUAAAUGGAUAACAAUAUUAGAUGGUAUACAAUCAAUUGCAUUAAAAUAUAAUGUAAAUGUUGUUUAUACAUGGGGUGCAUCUAGAAGAAAUAAUAGUGAUGAAGAUUUUUUACAUGCAUUAGAAUUAUCUAGUCAAAGUGAUAUAAUUUUAUUUGUUGGUGGUUUAGAUGAAAGUUUUGAAGAAGAAGAUAUUGAUCGUAAUACAUUAAAAUUACCUGGUGGACAAUCAGAAUUAAUUAAAUUAAUAAUGAAAUUAAAUAAACCAUUUGUUAUAUUAAUUAUAUCUGGUUCACCUAUAUCAGAACCAUUUAUUGUUGGUGAAAAUCUCGCAGCAUUAUUAUGGAUAUCAUAUUUUGGACAAAGUGGUGAUGGAAUUGCUGAUAUAUUAUUUGGUUUAUCUGUUCCAAGUGGUUGUUUACCAUUUACAAUACCAAUGAAUAUAAGUCAAAUAUUACCAAUAGAUGAUUAUUCAAUGAAUAAAUCACCAGGUAGAACAUAUCGUUAUUUAGAUUAUAAUAAAGCACCACCAUUAUUUCCAUUUGGUUAUGGUUUAUCUUAUUCAAAAUUUAUAUUUAAUUCAAAAUUAUUAAUUUAUCCUAAUCAAAUAAAUAAUCUUGAUACUGAUAUUAUAGCAAAUAUAAGUAUCAUAAAUGAAGGUCCAUUUCGUGCACAAUUUGUUAUACAAUUAUAUUAUGAAUUUUUAAAUUCAACAGUAAUUGAAUUACCAAUACGUGAAUUAUUACAAUUUACUAAAAUAACAUUUGAAAAAAAUGAACAAAAAACUAUUUCAUUUACAUUUCGUAUUAGAAAUAUUCCAAAUUCAAAUCGACAACAAAUACCAGGUAUUAUUAAUUUUUGGAUUGGUAAUAGUCGUGAUAGAUAUGUAGAAGCAUCACUUGUUAUUGAUUUUGAUUCAUAA